AUGGAUAAGACACAAAAAGACUUCAAUGUCACUAUUUUUACGGCAUAUUUGAAAACACUUUCACUCUCGUUGAGAAGUACAAUUGUUAACCAGAAAACACAGUCUCAAGAAUUGAUUAUGUCUUAUAGUAUUCAACUCAAAGGAUCUCACAAACAACAGAAAGACACAUGCAAAAAGAUGUUAAAAGAAUUGAAAGUGACUUUAGAGUCCAGGGAAAAAGAAUUAAAGAAUAUCAGUGAACUUCUUUUGUUACUUGAGAACACUUCAAAAGACUUGAAAGAGUUUUUGAACAAUGAAUUGAAUACAUACAACAGUUUAGCCAAAAAGGGAAACCAAGCUAUUGACACUUUUGUAGCCAACGCUUUUUGCCAGUCAGAUUCACCAAAAUGUAUUGGUGACUUAAUUCAAUUCGAGAAGAAACACAAAGAAUUCAAGGAUGACUGGGAGAAGUGUAAAAUUACAUUACUGAAUGAAUCUUAUUUUUUAUCAAAGAAAAAGGAAGAGGACGAUGGAAAAAUAAAAGCACCUUUGAGUAGGAAAUUGGAGAGAACCAAAGUCUAUUUAACACCUGAAGACUCUCCUCGAAUUAGACAAAGCUGUUACGAUGGAGUAACAAGUGAUAUAGGAGAAGUUAGUAACUAUCCUAAUAGUCUGAAGAAGAGUCAAGUAUUUUACAAUCAAAAUGAUAAUGGACUUAAGACUCAUAUCAAAACAAUUUCUCUUGCACAACCAUCAACAAAAGAUAAGAAGACUAGACAUUUGACUGAGCAAGUCAAAAUGUUCGAGAAACUUGCUCUUCCAAAAGGGGAAACACCUUUAUCAGAACGACUUAGAUAUGAACAGAAUGAAAGUAAAACAGGAAGUGAGUACAGUUCAGUCUCGCCACGUAAAGAACAAGAAGAAGAGAACAGUCUAAUGAAGCUUCAAAGUUCACAAAACAAGAAAUUCUCGUUGUCAGACUCUUCAAUUGUAUCUGCACUAAUGAAAGACCCCAUGAUGGAAGCUAUAUUAGAAAAUGAGCCCAAAUUAUUAGAAUGGUCAAAAUGCACAAAAUCUUCAAUUAUUUUAGACACCAAAUUUUGUGACUUGUUGUCGACUUCCUUUGAAGAAAGAGUCUCUAAUCUGUCUUUCUUGUAUUUCUUAGUUAUCGACAACAACAACAUUUUGGGUGCGUUUGUCAAACCUCCAUUAGACGCUGACCACAGGGUAGUCAAUGACACCAAACACUUUGUUUUCUGGUUGCCUGAAGGUAAAACCCCAAUGAAAAUAGAACCCAAGCCAAACAGGUGGAAGAAUGUAUUUACAUUAAAUUCGAGUGACUCUUCUGAGUUAUAUGUAGUUGGUGAGAAUUGUUAUACAGUGGGUCAGCCUGGGGGUAAAGUGACUUUUAAUACGUUCUGGACUGAUUAUGAAGGUAUUGAUAAGAAGUGUUUCUCUUCGAUCAAAAAAGGUAUAAAAAUGGUUGAUCGGGUGAUAGUAAUUCAAUGUUAUUAA